AUGCAGCCGCGCAUGCACGCGGGCCUUUUGCUGCUUCUGCUGCUGCGCAACUUGGGGACUCUUUGCACAAGAACUUCGGGAGACAAGGAGACAGCCUCAGAGCUGCUGCUGCUGCUGAGCAGCAGAAGCAGCAGCAGCACAGGCCGCGGCACCAGCAAGCAGCAGCAGCACAGUCAGCAGCAGCAGAGAGGCACCGCAGAAAGAAAGCCAGCUGCUGCAGCUGCAGCCGGCGAAAGAGUCUCUGCCUCAGUGUCUUCAGCAGCAGCAGCGGCAGCAGCGCAGCAGCAGCAACAGCAGCAGCAGCAGCAGCAGCAGCAGCAGCAGCAGCAGCAGCAGCAGCGCACCGCUGCUGCAGCAGCAGCGGCAGAAGCAGCAAAGUCAUCAACAGCAGCAGCAGAAAAAGUAGCAGCGCCAGGCCCGCGAGGCAAACAACAGCAGCAGCACCCUGACUGCCACCAACGCAGCAGCAGCAGCAGCAGCAGCAGCAGCAGCAAGAGGCUCGCCUGUGGGGCCAUGUUGUUGGCGAAGUUGAUGAGCUCGUCGGCCUCGUCUAAAACAAACAUUCGAACAAGGUCACCUCCGAAGCGGCGCUUCUUCAGCAGCUCCAUCGUCUUGCCUGCAGCAGCAAACAGCAGCAGCAAACCGCAGCAGCAAACCGCGCAUGCAAGCAGCAGCAGAGGCCCCCUGCAUGCAGCAGCAGCAGCAGGUUGGGCGACGGGUCGGACGGCUCUGCAGCAGCAGCUGCUACUGCAGCAGCUGCUCCCAGCGACUCAAAACAAACGCCCUCCCCCCGCGCAGCAGCAAAACCAGCAGCAGCAGCAGCAGCACCGGGGGUUCCGACGACGAUCUGCUGCUGCACAGUGGGCGAAGUGUUUGGAGUGA